UUCCUUGAUUGGUCUACCAAACGUCACUUCCUGCGUCUGAGUCCCGGAUGUUUCAAAACUCAUCUGUCGGAGCUAGUAUUUGGUUUCACGGCUUCCGAGCUUCUGUAAGGUUCGUUAUGUCCAGUGAAGAGCUCAUUUCUGUGGAUUAUGAAAUUUUUGGAAGAGUCCAAGGUGUAUUUUUUCGGAAAUACACUCAAGCUGAGGGGAAGAAAAUUGGCCUGGUUGGUUGGGUCCAAAACACACCAGCAGGAACCGUUCAGGGUCAGCUACAAGGACAACGCAGUAAAGUCAAACAAAUGCAAGAAUGGCUAACAUCAACUGGGAGCCCCAAAUCACACAUCACCAAGGCCGAGUUCAAGAAUGAGAAAGUAGUUGACAGGCUGGAACACUCAUCCUUUAAUGUUGUAAAAUAAAUUAAGCUAUUGUCUGUACUUGUAAUAUUAAAAUGUAAGCUUUUAUUUUUAUUUAUUUAGUUUUAACAAUCUGUAUUAAAAAAUAUUAGUGAUUUGUUCACUGUGUACACUCAUGAUUGUCCUAAUAAAUGUAAGUUCUCCAAAACA